UCCUGCGCGGACGUCCACGCUGCGUUCCCUUCGUCGCCGUCGCCGUCGCCGCCGCCCCGUCCUCUCCCUCCUGCGUCUCCUGCGUCGCCGGGUCGUGUCGCUCCCGUUCCCCCCCAGGUCGUCAGGUCGCUAGGAAACCCGCCGAGCCCUGCAGCUCCGGAAAAGAUUCGUCGGUCAAGAAAACGUCUGUCAGUCUGUGAUGAUCUUAAGAAAAUGUUAAGUGGAAUAAAUAAGGAAAUAAGGGAAUAGUAAUAACUGAAGAGGAGAGGAGAAAAGAAGAAGAAGAAAAAAAAUAUAUACGUAGAAAAGGAAGCCAAAAGAGUAAUAGCAAGAAAGAAGAGAAGAGGAGAAAGACGAAGCAGGGAACCAAAAUAGAAAAUUCAAGAAAAAAUAAACAAGAAAACACACACAAAAAAGCAAAAAAACUAAUAAAAAAACGGACUCAAGAAACCCACUCCUCCUCCUCCCCCUCCCCCACUCCUCCCCCCUCCCCUCCCCCUCCCCUCCCUCCUCCCCCCAGCAGACCAUGAGGAUCCGUCGGGCGUCGUGGCUCCGGCGGGAGAUGUGAAGGGCAUGGGACUACCCGGAGCGGGCACGGGGGCUGCCCUGGGGUCAUGGGGGCACCGAGAGCCACGAUGCUCUUGGCUCAGAUGCUGCUCAUGAACCACUUCCUCGCCGGCCUGUCGCACCUGCCCGCCGACCCGCCGCUCUUCGCCAACAUCAACGACAUCAACAGCAUCGAGGUGGACGCAGGAUGCCCCUACGGCUGCGUCCGCUGCUCGGCCAUCAACGGGUGUCUGGCCUGCAAGCCGCCAUUCUACCUCCUCCUGCGCAGGGACGGGCCUCGGCAGACGGCGUCCUGCACGAGGGCCUGUCCCAAGGGCUUCUACAAAGUGACCAAGAAGAGGAAUGGAUUCUGCGCCAAGUGCACGAUGCGGGGCUGCGCGGAGUGCGACCGACACCACUACUGCUCCUCCUGCGCCGCCGACUUCGUCAACUUCUUCGGGAAGUGCAUCCCCAGCCACCCAGAGAAUUCCCUCGAGAUGCCUUACACGAGGAAGACUGUCUAUUCCCCGCCCGCGAUCCUCGAGACUUCGGGGACGCCUCCGAGUGCGAGGGGGACGCGCCCUUCGCACAGGACAGCUGGCUCCCCGAGGACGUCCUCCGCCCCGUCAGCUGGUCCUCCAAGAGCUCCGUCGGCCGGCCCCAGGAGACCUCCCUCCUCCGGGCCCGCUAGGACGUCCUCCUCGGCCCCGCCCUCCUCGCCGCCGGCCCUGCUGAACUACUCGAGGCCCUCGCCGGCGCUGCGGGUGAGGCCUCGCCGCCCGGAGGAGAAGCGGCCCUGCAGGAAGAAGGCGGCGAAGAAGGACAAGGCCGGCAAGGACGCGGGGAGGAGGAGGGACUGGAAGGGCAGGAAGAAGGAGAGGCAGAACAAGGGCAAGAAGGGCCAGAAAGCCAGGAGAAGAGGCUGCCGGAAGCGCAUAAAGGGAAGGACAAACGGGCCGAAGACUCCACAAAAUGCGACGCUUCCUCGGGGCAAAUCUUCCCCCGAGAGGCCCGACGGCGACUCCCUGCCCGGCGAGACCCCGGGGAGAAGCCCAAGCCAGGGGCCUCCCGCGGCGACCACGCCCACUGAAGCCCCGUCGAGACACGGAGAGCAGCCUCCGCGCGACGAGCAUCUGGCGGAGAGGAGGCAGCCGCCAGAAGACCCGCCUGACGGGGGGAGGAAGAGUGAGCCCGCCCGCGCGCCGAUGUUGAAAGGACUCAGAACAGAGAGGAUUCGGCCGGACAGGGAGCUCGCCGGACACCCGGGGAAGGGCUUGGGCAAGGGCGGAGGCCGCUCAGCGCAGAUGGCGCACGCAGGACAUCGGUGGCAAGGGCUGGACGCUGACACAAGGCGAAGGGCGCGAGCGAGGCCGUCUUCUCCCGGAGAGACGCCCAAACUUCCGUCCAGGCACAAAAGACGCCACAAACACGAUCCGAGAAGACGUAUCCCACCCGUGACACAAGCGAAAACAAGGCUAUAUGUACCCUCGGUGUAAACAUAAACCUGCUUAAAAAAACAAAAAAAAAAAAAACAACACAAAAAAAACUUAGAAAAUACCCAUAUAUAUAUAUUUGCUGAAUCCAACCCUGGGUGAGCAUGUGAGGCGCAGACGGACGCUUUCUGCUUUCAACGUUCUUCUAAACUUUUCCUGUUGUACCCUAAAGCUUGACUGACACCUCGGACUCCGCUCUACAAGGGAAGCUUCGUCGGAAUGAAAAAGGAAAACAUUUAAGGGAGAAUUUCUGGUUUCGAAAGCCACACACUAAUACCUGAGGGACUGACAUUUUCCCGAAGUGCCCGUGUCCAUCCCUGCUGUAUUUUUCCGUAUCUAAGGAAAUAAAGAUUACAUUAUGUUCUUAUAUAUAUAUUAUUUCUAUAUA